AUGACUACGGGCAACUUACAAAUAGCCAUCUAUGGAUUCACAGCGCCAGUCAAAAAUUAUGAGCCAGCUGGAAUCAUUUAUGAGGUAUUUUUCGCCGGUUUGCUUUUUUGCUAAGAAGAAUUGAUUUCAGACUCGUUUAAUCCGCGACAAGAUAACUCUUGGACACUGUACUCUUCCGAUUUACAAGAAUUCGCCAGUCGCCGCGCCAAAAACCGAAAACGGACGGAAAAAGUCGAGUGAGGAGCCGGUGGAGCUGAGAAAAGAGCUCUUCGAUGCGGACAAUGAGAAAUAUGAAAAGUAUUUGAUGAAAUUGGACCCGAACGAUUGCAAAAACCAAGAUCACUACAAGGUUUUGGGAUUGUCGAAGCUCAGAUGGCAGGCGACCGCCGACGAGAUUCGUUUUUGCUGUAAGUUUCAAUGUUUUACAAUAAAAUCUCAAUUUUUUAUAUCAGACCGUCAAAAAGUGCUGAAACAUCAUCCGGACAAGAAGAAGCAUCGCGGAAUCAUCAUGGAGAAGGAGGAGUACUUCACGUGUAUCACAAAGGCCUAUGAGCAAGUCGGAAUGUCGGAUGCGAAGCGGCAGGCGUUCGAUUCGGUCGACCACAAGUUCAACGACGCGAUUCCCAACGAGAAAUCGAUAAAUCACGACAAUUUUUUCAACGAAUUGGCUCCGAUUUUCCAGCUCAACUCGCGCUGGUCCAACACGAAACCGGUGCCAACUUUAGGCAAAAACGAGGCGACGCGCGAGGAGGUCGAGAAUUUCUACGAUUUCUGGUUCAAUUUCUCGUCGUGGCGCGAGUUUUCCUACCUGGACGAGGAGGAUAAGGAGCGCGGAGAGGACAGGUACGAGCGGAGGGAGAUGGAGAAGCAGAACAAGGCGGAGAGGGAGCGGCGACGCAAGGAGGAGGCCAAGAGAAUCCGCAAGUUGGUCGAUAUGGCCUACUCGAAGGAUCCGCGCAUUGUCAGGUUCAAGAAGGAGGAACAGGCGGUCAGUUUUGCCUUUUUGUUUGAGCUUUGCCAAAAAAAACCACUAUUAGUGUGCGCAUUGAAAUCAAAUAAAUUUUUAGAAAAAAGACAAGGCAAAGGAGGACCGUCAACGUGCGAUUCGUGAGAAGCAGGAGGCGAUUGAGCGCGAAAAACGCGAGAAGGAAGAGGCGGAGGCGAAGAAAAAGGAGGAAGAGGAUCGCAGAGCCAAGGAGGAGAGGGUACGGUACUUUUAAGAAUUGCUCUACAAUGUUGUCGUAAAACUUUAAAAAUUGAUAUAAAAACCAUAUUUCUUGCAGGAAAAGGAGAAAAAAGAGCGUGAAAUCGCGAAAAAAGCAAUGUCUCAGCAGCGGAAGCGGCUGAAGAGAAUGGCCGAGGAGGGCGGGCACUGGACGGAGAACCCGCGCGACAAACUGACCGAAAUGGAGAGAAUCGAACGGAUCUGCAUCGGAUUCAGCAUCGAUCAGCUGCGCGAGCUGUGCGAUAAAAUGGAGACGUUGACGUGCGGCGAGCAGAUUCAGAAGACGUUGACGGAGGCGGAACGACUGAAAAAGGAGGCGGCGGGCGCGAAAGUGACGAUUAAUGAGGAGAAGAACAAGGAGAACGAGAAGACGGCCGAGAAGGAGACGUGGACUUCCGAGGAGAUUCAGCUCCUUGUCAAGGUACGCGCAUUUCGGGCAUUUUUUCCUAGUUUUUAACUUUUCAAUGAAAAUUGGAAGCUCUGGAAAUCCUCUAUUUUCAGGCUUCAAACACGUUCCCGCCGGGCACAGUCGACAGAUGGAUUCAAAUUUCCGAUUAUAUUAAUGAGCACCGCAAAGACGCGAAGGGAUUGCCGCCUAAAACUGAGAAACAAGUCAUCAAGCAGGUAAAUUGGCAGACAAUAUAGUUUUCAGGUCUAAAAUUGCGUUUUUCAGUGCAAAGCAGUACAAACGAUGAACGUGAAGCUGCCGGCGACGACGCAGAAUCAGUUGGGAACGGCGCUUCCGGACGAGGAUGUUUGGUCGGCGAACGAGCAGAAAUGUCUCGAGGAUGCGAUCAAGAAACACAAGGCCAGUGAUCCGGAACGAUGGGAAAAGGUACGGGGUAAAAUCGCAAAUGUUUGCAAAAGGUGCAACAAUUGCAGAUCUCGACGGAAGUGGGAACGAAAUCGAAAAAGGCGUGCAUUCGUCGAUUCAAAUAUCUCGUUCAGAUGGUCAAAAACAAGAAAUAA